UAGUGAUUAAACAAGCCAGUAAACGUGUUUCAGUCUGAAGCCCGUCUCCCAGAACUUACGAUUCAAUGCUUAUCAAGUCCCGCAAAGAAAAAACAAUCAUUGCAAAAACAUCACACUUCACGUUGUUUACCAUAACCAAUGCAUGAAACCACAAAAUAAAAUGUUCCACUCAACUGGCCAAUCAGAAGCUGCAUUUCUUUAAAGCAAAAUGUCUGUGUGUUUCAACAUCCGUCAAUGAAACAUGUGUGAUGUCUUCACCUUCAGAUAGCAUCACUAAUGGACAGACUCAUGAUUCUGGUUGUUCUGUUGGGAGUAGUUUCCUGCAGUCCUAACUCACCAGAGUUAGAGGUGAUCAUCAGAUCUGGAGAUAAUGUAACUCUUUACUGUGACUGCAAAGUGGAUCGUGGAGUUUACAUCGUUUGGUACAGGAACUGUUCCGAUAGGAAUCACUCUUCACUCGUUCUACAUGUGAACUCCUACACCUGGGAAAACAGAAUUCCUAAUUUCAAAUUUCCAAAAAACUUUUCUUCUGAUUCCUAUGACCUGGUGAUCUUGAACGCUACUAUUUCUGAUGAGGGUCUCUAUUACUGUGGAACUGAAACAUCAAAUGUGGAGAAAACAAAAGACAAAAACAUUAUUUACAAAAACAUUUACACAUACGGCAACAUCACCCAAAGAGUGAGAGUCUACUCCAGCGAGCCCGAUUCAGUCUUUAAUGAGACUCAACAGGACUGUAGUUUGUGCUGGAAGCUGCUCUACUUUCUGUGUCCGGCUGUUUCUGUUGUCUCCAUUUUCCUUGCUUUGGUUUUGGCUCACCUGGUUUGCCCUAAAAUUGCACGAGAAGCUCAAGAUGCUGAAAGGAGUCAGGACUCAGUGAGGCAGACACAUGAAGCACAGGAUGAAGAUGUGUGUUAUGCUGCUCUGGAAAUCCGUUCAGCUUCACAGAAACUGAAGAGAAAGAGGACGACACAGAGUUCUGACUUCAGCGUGUAUUCUGACAUCAAUACACCUCACGUUUAGGUUUACCUAACAGAUAUGAUCAGUCAAGGAUACUGAAGUUUUGCUGUGUUUUCCUGAUUUUUGUUUACACAAAUUGUCAAACGUCUUGUGUUUUUUGUUUUUAUGCAUUGAUUAACUCUUUUAAGGCAGCUUUCUGUUGUGUUUGUCACAUGUACAAAGUUUCAGAUUCAUUUAUCCAAAUAAAAGUUAGACUUUAGUUUUUCAAAUUUCAGACUGUAAAUUUACUCAGUGUCACUUUGCAUUUGAGUAUCAACAGUCAGUGAGUGAGUGAGUGAGUGAGUGAGUGAGUGAGUGAGUGAGUGAGUGAGUGAGUUAGUUAGUUAGUUAGUUAGUUGUUAGUUAGUUAGUUAGUUAGUUUUCUGACUAAACUGUCUAAUUACAGAGUCCUGAGUUUUAGAACACAACACAGACAAGGAUAAAAUUAGCUUAACCCUCAGGAAACCCACAGCGACUGCAGAGGUAUGCAUGCAGACAGAUUUACCCCGGUACCCUUAGUGAACAAAGAUAAAACUAAGAUAGAUUAAAAUUGCAACAAAGAUGCAAAAUGCAAGUUAAUGUGUGUUUAACAAUGAUGAGGUGUACAAUACAAAAUCCUAGUUUACAGAUAAGUUACAUAAAGAAGAUAUAUUUGCAUUGGUAAAAAUUCCCUACUGCUGCUCAUGUAUCUAUUAUAGCUAUCAUGUCUCAUAUGUUGCCUUAAAAACACCACAAUCGCGUGUGUGAGUGGGUGGGUGGUACUUUCAGUGGUUGAAACACUGUUUUUACUGUUCAGUUCACCAAUGCUGGGUUUGUAAACGCAAAGCUACUCAUGUAAAAGUAAUCACGUAACAUGCUGGAGCGGCUUGUAAAUAGAUAUGAGUUUAUUGUUUCUUUAUUCGAGUUUGUUGAUUUCUUUGUUUAUGUGUUCUUGUUUUAUAUUUCCUUUUGUUUGUUUGUUUGUUUUUCUUAGCGUUUCAUGCUUUGGAUCAGUUUAUUUGGUGCUUUGUCAAAACGUUUCAUUCACGCUCUCACUUAUUUUUUAAACCUCUUCAUCUGAUUUGGGUCGAUGGGUUAUGGUGGGGUUAUGGAGCUGGUGCCUAUCUUAGGUGAUAGGAAGAGGACACCCUGGGCAAGUUGUCAGUCCAUCACAGCUGGUAAUCGUGAGGCCAGGGGUCACACUGUUUUCUGAGUGUUUGCAGUUCUGAGUUUAAAUUGUUCUUUUGACAUAGUUUGCUCAAGUCAUUUUGAAGUACCUGUUUAGUAAUAAAUGUAAAGAAAAUUCAAA